GGAAGCCGAGGGAUUGAAGAGAAGGAGGUGGAGGUGGUGGUGGUGGUGGUCCGGGAAGUCGCGGAGAGCAGAAAGAGAUGGAUUUCUUGCGGGGAUUUUGGCUCCUGUACGUCGCCGCCUCCUGCGCCCGGGGAGACACCAAAACCAGGAGCUGCACCGAGGUCCGGCAGGUUUAUGGGGCCAAGGGCUUCAGCCUGAGCGGAGUGCCCCAGGCAGAGAUCUCCGGGGAACACCUGAGAAUAUGUCCACAAGGCUACACCUGCUGCACUAGUGAGAUGGAGGAGAACUUCGCAAACAAAAGCAAAAGUGAAUUUGAAGGCAUGCUCAAAGACAACAGCCGCUCCAUACAAGUAAUCCUCACGAUACAGUUCAAAAACUUUGAUGGUUACUUUCAGGAUUUGUUGAACAAGUCAGAGAAGUCUCUCCACGACACGUUUCCUACCAUGUACGGGGAGCUGUAUAGCCAGAAUGUCAAGCUCUUCAGGGACUUGUAUACCGAGCUGCGACGUUACUACCGGGGCUCCAACAUCAACCUGGAAGAAGCCCUGACUGAAUUCUGGACCCGGUUGCUAGAGCGACUCUUUAAGCUGCUGAACCCCCAAUACCUCAUCACUGAUGAUUACCUGGACUGCAUGGGGAAGCACUCGGAGCAGCACAAGCCUUUCGGGGAAGUCCCGCGGGAACUGAAGCUGAAAGCCACCAGAGCCUUCAUUGCAGUGCGUUCCUUCGUUCAGGGCCUUAGCGUCGGCGGCGAUGUCGUCAAAAAGGUGUCUCAGGUCUCCUUCGGCCAAGAGUGCAGCCGGGCCAUCAUGAAGCUGGUAUACUGCUCUCACUGCCUGGGCAUGCCGAGCAUUCUGCCGUGCAACAACUACUGCCGCAACGUCAUGAAGGGCUGCCUGGCCAACCAGGCUGAUCUGGACACUGAGUGGAGGAACCUCAUUGAUUCAAUGUUGCUUGUGGCGGACAAGAUUGAUAUACCAUCCAACGUGGAGACUGUCAUCGGUAACAUUCACACGAAAAUCUCAGAAGCCAUUUCUACCAUGCAAGAAAACAAAGAUGCAAUAACCACCAAGGUUUUCCAAGGGUGUGGAAAUCCUAAAAUCAAUUCAAAGGGGUCAAGCGGAGAGGAAAAGAAACGGAGAGGCAAAUCGGUGACAGAAGAAAAGCCUUCAGGAGUUGGUCUAGAGAAAUUAAUUUCAGAUGCCAAAGGAAAGCUGAAAGACAUUAAAGACUUCUGGGUUGUCCUUCCAAGUCUACUCUGCAACGAAAAGGUAGCAGUAGGAUCCGUCAACAAUGACAAGUGUUGGAACGGAAUGACCAGGGGGAGAUAUUUGCCAGAGGUGAUGGGAGAUGGUCUGGCCAAUCAGAUUAACAAUCCUGAGGUAGAGGUUGACAUCACUAAACCAGAUAUGACUAUUCGACAACAGAUCAUGCAGCUAAAGAUCAUGACCAACCGACUGCGCAAUGCCUACAAUGGGAACGAUGUGGAUUUUCAGGACACAAGUGAUGACAUCAGCGGUUCCGGCAGUGGGGAAGGCUGCCUCGACGAAAUGUGUGUCAGAAAAACCAACAGGAGCCCCAGUACCAGGCAGCCAGAAACGCACGCAAUUCCUAACCAGUCAGACCGGAACACAAACGGAGCCAGCAGCCACUUCCUGCCUUCUUCCUUUCUCCUCUUCCUUUCGUUGGCCAUUGUUGCAACACGAUACUUGUGGCGGUAACUUCUUCCCAUAGCCAUGAGAGAGGAACUAUGGCUGAGGGCUUAACUUUGCCAAAAAGGAAAAUGGACACUAUUUAAUUCAUCUUGGCAAAAUGAGAAAUUGUGGGCGGGGAGGGGGAGGGGGAGAAGGUCUUUGAUUGUUUGUGAUAUAUGGCAGUGCUAGAGCUGGUCUGUUAUUUUUUUUUCUUCUUGGUCUUUUUUGAAUGCUGGGCCCGUCUUUCCAUACCUCAUUUUUUAAAUUUCAUUCUUUUGACACAGUGAGGCUGCCCGGGGGCUUAAGCAAGGCCUGUGUAGAUUGGGGUAAUGGGAAGGAAAAUUCUCUUCAGAAGGACACCAUUUCAGUGACUGCAAUGGAAUAUGCAAAUGUCGGAUGUUGCUAUAAGAUCUCAUAUGGUAACACUAUUUAACACAUUAACGUGGAACGCACUAAAGAGGUAUAGAGUAAUAAAAGUUGUAAUUUACGGCUGAUGGCAUUAGCACUUAGAGGUGCUGUGUUUAGAGGAGAGGGGGCUUAAUAGUUUUCCACUCUACUUCUGAACACGAGCACAGAUGAUCCUUUGUGCAUUCUUUCCAGUAGAAAUUCCAGCAGAUGCCUUUGGCUAGCAUGAAACCAAUUCUCAAGGUCAUUCAGUAUCCUAGAGGCUGAUAUCUGAACACAAAUAUACUACUCUUCAAAUUCUGAGAAAACAAACUCCUCUCUGUGGUUAGAUUUAAAUUAGUAGUAAUUCAGAAGCAAUUCACUUUACUUCUACCUUAAAGAGACAAGGAGUGUGAAUUUGAUUUUUUUGCAUGGUACCUUGAAAAUCACUUAAGAUCUUCAUGAUGGUUGAUCUACAUUAUUAAUGCAAUUCCGUAGUAGACAACAAUAAGAUCAGAUAUGCAUGAUAAGAUCUGUCCUUCAACAGAAUUUUUGCUAGAACCAAGUCAGAAACUCUUGUUUUUAUUAACAAUGAUGACAACCUUUUGCCAAUACGUGCAAGGUCAAAGGGAUAACUCUUCUUUGAAGUCUUUUGAAUUAAUCUAUGUGUUCCCUAGUGAAGUUCUGUAAUAACUGGAUUGAAAGGUGAGAUGGCUAUACUUUUUAAACUAUAAUUUGUUAAUCAGAAAAAGUGCAAUUUUGCUGCACCACCUGGCUUUCAGGGAACGCCUGCUGUGUAAUACGGUUCCACAGCUGGGCUCACAAGGCCACAGAUCUGUCUCAAUGACUUGUCUGUGAUCCUACAUAGAGGCAAAACACUGAGAUGCACCAAGAAAAUAACCAGGACCUUGUUGGACUUGCUAGACUUUCAUUAGGUUAUAUUGUGCUCUCCCAAGCACUUAGUACAGAAAGGGCUCUAUAAAUAUGAUUGACUGAUUGAUUCUAAUCUCACGGAUAUACAUCUCCUCCCGUGGUCUUUCUUUUUUUUAGGGGGGCCAUGAAUUCUGAAUCUCCAUCGCAUGUUACUUGAUUGUCAGGAGUGGAUUCGGCUAUCAAGAUUUCAUUUUUUUAAUAUAUACACACACACACACAUAUAUAUAUAUCUGUGGGGCUAUCUGCAUUUAUGGAGUUUUGAACUUAUGGCUGAUUGAACCCCAUAUUGCUCAACAGGUGAUGUUUCUCAAACAUCUUCUACCAAGUAUUACUACCAAUCCCAGUUUACGUUCACCUCAUAAAGUCACAAUUGACUUUUAUUAUGGUAUUCGGAAAUCCUAAGUCUAGACUCUGCUCUAAUUAAUUUUCUCUAAUAUGGGGAGGAUAUUCUUUGAGGGAGGGAGGAGAAGCAUAUCUUUUGUUUAAGAGCUUUUGCAGGCCCUGGAUGAACUUUCAAAUAGAUAUAGUCUAUGGCUUUGGUUCCAAAAAGUUUUUUGAGAAUCAUUUCCAAUGCAGCUUGAGAUAAAGAAUUCAGUUUACCCAAGAGUGGUUUAGUGAAUGUGCACUGUGGGGUCAGGAAGUAAAAUCAUAAUGAUAUUUACUGGAAAUUUUAACUGACUUACUUUCAGAUAAGAGAAUUAAAAGAAGCAGCUGAAGCUGGUGAGGGAAAUGAAAGGCGCAUCAUGCUAACAUUCUGCCUUUGUCAUUGCCCUUGUGGAUGUAAGCUCCCUUCCUACCUCCAUGUAGUGAAAUUGGGCCCUAAUCAUUAUUUUUGAUUCCUGAUGUGGUCAUUAAUUUUGUCAUUGCUGCCAUCAUCCUUAGGAAGUCAACAGAUAUUUUCAGCCACUGUUCAAUGUCUUCCCAUUCUGUUCAAAACAGAAUAUUUGUAUUUUGCCCAGAAUACUUGUAUUUGGGCGUCAUUCUGAACCAGAGAGCCUGGUAUUUUAAUUUAUUUUAAAACAUCACCUGAAAGUUAAAGGUCUAAUAUAAUGAGGGGAUUAAUCUCUUCAUGAUAUUUCAUUAGCUGUCCCAGGCUGGAAAUUACAGGCGGGGGUGGGCGAGGCAUAGAUAUUGCUACAAACUUGAUUUUGGCCUACCGUAUGGUUUUCAUUCGAGCUGUAAAUUUAAAUAAAUUUCCGCUUAAUGAGUGAGCAAUGAGGGCCACUCUUUACCUCCCUUGUAUAUAGCUAAUCAAGUUCUCCUGAGACAUCCAUGCCCAUUUUAAAUAACUCAACAAGCUAGAAUCUAAAGGAAAAUGAAAUAUAUUGUGCAUUGAGCUAGAAAAUGUGUCUCCCCCUUGUGAGAAAAUAUAUUUCAAAAACUAAAUCAGUUUGCCCCAUUCAGUGUUCUUUCAGUGUAAUCAGCUAAUGUUAUGAAAGGUGGACAAUUGUUUUAGGCCAUGGAUGAGAAAGUUAUGAAGUCCAUAUGUCAUUUCUUUUUCCAAGUAAUGAAAAACAAAGUCUAUGCUGUUGUUCUGCUUGAAUUUUGUGAAAUGACAUGGUUCAUGUAUCUUUGGCUGUCUUGUGAGGGAUGUAGCUCAUUCUCAAUGGGAGAGUAACAAAGACCCAUUUGCGGUGGGUUGGUUGAAGAACAGCCUCAGUGAGAUUUUAUCUCCCAUAUUCAGCUGGUCUCUUAAAGCCAGGUGACUAGAACUUUGCAGAACAGGUGUCAAACUAAACCCCUGUACUGGGCUAUGCAUGGAUGCCACUCCUUGGCCCCGUUCCAUCCCACAAACCAAAUUUACACAUCCCCCUUGCCCCCCAGCUAUGAGUCAGGUAGAUUCUGCCUUAUGUAUUCAUCCUGAUGGAAGCAUUUAGGGUUACUUUGAUUAGCAACAACAACAAUUUUCUUCAGGAGGGCUGGUGAAUUUCAUAAUAUUUUUUUGAAAAACAUGCUAAAAUAAAUUCCCUUGCCCUAUAGUGAGGAAUCAGAGGUUGGGAAUAAUGGAUUUCGUCUUUAAGCCUGCUCUUUGUGCCAUAAUUUCUAUGUUUCAGUGGAGGAUGGGUCAGGUUCAUUAAAGGCUUUGAGAGCACAGUUAUUUAAUAUUUACAAAUGACAACAAAACUUUUGGUUUUUGAUGGGCUUAUUAAGGGAGAAGGAAAAAUAAAAAAUAUACUUUUGCUUUUAAAAAUGCAUUUCUCUGCAAGAUUAAGAUUUAUUUCAAUUAUUGGCAUAGUUGACCAAUUAUAUUUUUCUUUCUGUUACCAAGGUACUUGUAACUAUCUUGCACUGUUUAUCUGAAGUUGAAAUAUGUUCUUUGAAUCCUUGUAUAAAUAAAAGGCUGGAGACGUACAUCUAA